CGACCGUGGGGUUGCAUACCCAACAAAGGCUGGGCUACGGCCGAGGAAACGGCUUAUCCUUGGCCACUUUGUGCAGCUUUUGCCCAUUUGAUCAAGAACGUCCUUUUGCAACACGGUGCGCUUGAACCAGCCGCAUCCCUGACCCAGGCUCAGGAUUCUGUGUACUUCGCGCAAAUCAGGCAAGCAAGGGCAAUGACUGGAGUUCAGCCACGCGGCUGCCGUUUUCCUCCUUUGAUCAGUGAAUUCAAAUACAUUUUCACACUUGUCGGGCCUCGUCGUUUAAUCCCAACACAAUUUUCCAACGAUUGGACUGUGCCUCACGGUGUGACCUGUUCAAGCAGCGUUGGAAUCGUGCCUGCCGGCAGCAAAGUUAUACGAACACAAUGGCAGGGGGGUAUUAUAAGACCAGCGGGGAGCAGAGCUGACCUGGAUACAAAGUCAGAUGUUGACCGACUCUUCAAGGCGGUGGUGGGUGUCUUUGGACACCCGACGAAUUUUUGACCAAAGCCUCCUCGAUUGCGCGCCCCAGAUGUCUCGUGGCGGGUUUGCCCGUGGGAAGUCGAAGUCGGACCCGGUGCGGAUGCCGAACCAGCCAGCUGAGCUGCUCGGAAAAGGGCUGUCCCUGUUUGCUACAACUACAAUCUGGCCCGCGGUUGCAACCGAUCGGACUGCCCACGUAAGCAUGUGUUUUCGCUUCCGACGAGGACCUCGGAAGGGAACGAACCGCAGUUUUGAGACGCUGGCCGAGCUUGGCUUUCAAUCUGAGGGACGAGGAGCAGACUGUGCGUGCUGCCAUGCCUGCCCAUGGGGAGUCCAUCACGCGCGGCAAGAGGCUUGCUCUUUUUCGUGAGCUGCUGCGUGAAAUCAAUCACCCUGACGCACUGCUUACAGACCAGAUCUGCAAAGGCUACGACCUCACGGGUCCAAUCCCGGCCAGUGGGGUUUUCAAGACCAAAUUCACUUUCGCAGAGAUGACUGUCGAAGAGUUGAGAGCAACGGCAGAGCUGCGCAGCCGAGGAAUUUUGGCAAGUGUGAAAUCUUCUGGCGACACAAGCCUUGACGAGGAGCUCCACAAAAUUACUUUGCAAGAGCUGGAGAAGGGCUGGCUCGAAGGGCCCGUCAGCCCAGAAGCGCUCCCUCGUGGGGCAACUGUUUCAAGACGUUUUGGAAUUUGGCAGGGAGGGAAAUGCCGCCCUAUUGACAACCUGACUGAAAGUUUGAUCAACUCGACCUGCAGUUCCUGUGAGGGCAUUUCUGUUCACACCGCUGAUGUGAUUGGUGCGGCUCUGGGUUUUCGCAUGGAUCUCGGGCGACGUGCAGGCAUCAGCGAGAACUUGAAAGCUCAGUGCUGGGAUUUGAGGAAGGCGUACAAGCAACUGUUCGUUUCGGCCUCGUCACUCUGCGACUCGUACAUUGGGGUAUGGAACCCGUCAACUGGCGUUCCGGAGAUUUAUUUGCAGCUGGUACUCCCUUUCGGGGCUUGCGCUUCGGUGAACUGUUUCAUUCGUGCAGCCUUGGUACUGUCCAGCUGAAACUGCAUUGGAGUGGGUAUUAUGAUGACUUCUACUGGUGGUUGCGAGCUUUUUCCGCUUGUUGGGUUGGGGCAUCUCAGACGAUAAGCUCGUUGCUUUUUCAACUGUUGCAAAGGUCCUCGGGUUGGAAGUGGACCUUGGGGAUUCACACCUUUCCGCUUGCAGCUUGAAAAACACUCAGAAGAGAAUAUCAGAGCUGUCGGAAUCCAUUGCAGGAAUUCUGUCACAAGGAGCGCACGCGCCAGGAGAACUGGCUUCGCUUCGAGGGCGCUUGCAGUUUGCAGAGACUCAGAUGGCAGGGAGGCAGUCAUGUAGAGCCAUGGGUGUGCUCAAUUACUUUGUGAGCCGUUUUCCAAGAGGGGGCCAUUUGCAUGAGAAGCUCAAACUUGCGCUGACCUUUCUUAGGGAUCGCGUUGUUUUGGCCAAGCCAAGAUUGAUCGUGCCAGCCACAUGUGAGACACUGGUUGUUUUUGAAAGCAGGGCUGGGGGCCGUCCUGGUGGCCAGUGAAGACCAAAGGGGAAGUUUCUUCAGCAGAUGGCUUGCCGAGUCGGAGCUCUCACUUCUGAACUUGGCAGGGAGCGCGAACCCCAUUUUUGAAUUAGAAUCAUGUGCAAUUGCGGUGGCGCUGCAGACCUGGAGCAAGUAUUUUAUCAAUCGCCAAGUUGUUGUCUACACAGACAACAACGGCACUUUGGGAUGCUUUGUCAAAGGGCAGAGCGACAGCGAGUGCGGCAGACUCCUCAUCGAGUGGACCGAAUCGUGGGAAAGGGCGAACAACGCCCGCCUGUGGUUUGGGGGAGUGCCUAGCCAUUCAAAUCCAGCUGAUGCUCCUUCUAGAGGUUGCCGAGAUCUGGGAACAACCUUAAGUGAAACAGAAGCAGAACUUGGCGAAGUGCUAAGUGCGAUACGCCAGAGUGGCAAGAGUGGCAUGGGGGUUACAGUGGCGGUCAGAUAGGCCAUAGCGGAUGAAGUCCUGCUUGGCAUCGCGGGAGUCGCGCAGUUUCACGCGCCAACACCCCCAAGCUGCUCUGAGUGAGGAAAAAAA